AUGGAAGUGUCGAGAUACUCUGUAGCGGAAGUGCCAAAACGGUCAGGGGAAGAGGUUCAGAAGCUGAUUGGGUCACAUGCGUGUGACGUGCAGCUGAAGCAACAUAUUUUGAAUCUGCCUGAAUUCCAAACCGUGCUGCGCACCUAUGCUUCUUGCCUCACGAUCGGGGCGUCUCCCGAGUUCCUGGCAGCCGUUGAUGGCUUUGAUCCUGUGGCUGCGCUGCAUUUGAAAUACACAAGCGGCUGUUGGAUGAAUCAACCCAGCAGCGCUAAUGGGCUGAAUCACACCGAUGUCAAUCAGGCGAAACUCACCACUGCUGACCAACAGAAACACAGGAGUGCUGCCGCUGAUAGGUGUGGCGGGGAGAGCAGCCAGGAGGAGGGCCCAAAUUCAACUGUCAGUGGGGAUGGAAGGUCAGAGGCUCUAAUCAGCAUCUCAAGGGGUGCCAAUGGGUUGGGUGCGGUGGGAGUGGAUGCAGGCUUAGAGUCAGCACUCCACAGCUUGGCUGGUGCACACGACCUGAUGGCGUCUCUCUCUGAAGCCCUUGUUGCAUGCCGCACUCGCCUGCUCGCAGCCCACACUACUGCCGAGGUGUUCCUUGUGGACGUGGAAAACAGCCACUUGCAGGAUGCUGAUGCUGCUGCUACUGGUGAUGCUGAUGCUGCUGGUGGUGAUGCUGAUGCUACUGAUGCUGCCGCUGGUGAUGCUGUUCCUGAUGCUGGCGGUGUUGACGCUGCUGUUGCUGAUGCUGCCAACCAUGGAAUCUGCAACAGCAGCAGCGGCAGUGGUAGCAGCAGUGAUGGUGAUGGUGCGUUCACCAGCAGCGCAAUAGGAAGCAGAGGAAGUGGUGGUUUCCUGGAAGGAGACCAAGACGACAUGUACGAUGACAUCAUGGCUGACAUCAGCACAAGCCCAACUCUUGCAACUCACAGCCAAGAACACCACCGUCUAGGCUCACACGCAAAGACAGAGGCCGGCAGCUCAGCUUUGUCCGCUGGCAAUUGGGAAAUGGAGCAGAUUCAGCACACCUUUCAGUCUGCUCAGGGGUCUCCCAAGGGCGCUGGGGGUAUGGGGCAGAUUCAACAAGGCUUUGACGCUGGUCAGGGCAAUCGGGGUCCGAAUCUAGAUUGGGAUUUGGAAGGCAAGGGCGAGGAGGAGGAGAUAGAGAGUGUGGAGCAGGUGGAGCGGGCGGUGAGGGGGCGGUUUGGGGGGUUCCUGCGGACGGUGAGUGCGGAGCAUGUGGCCAAGCAUGCCAAGGGCAAGCUGCCCGAGGAAGCCACGGGGAAGCUUCUGCGCUGGUGGACCGAGCAUGUCACCUGGCCGUACCCUACUGAGCAGGAGAAGCUGCAGCUGAUGGGGCAGACGGGGCUGGACUCACGGCAGGUGAACAACUGGUUCAUCAACCAGCGCAAGAGGCACUGGAACCAGCACAGCAAGAGGCAACGGAAGGGCGUCUAG